CGCGGGGUCGGGAACUCUCCUCCCUGUUUUUCACCCGAAGUUCGGAACGAUAAACGCAAGAGGAAAGGGGAGGCGGAACCACGAGAAAUCGCUUCUCCUCUCACUCUGAGCGAUUCAGCCCGGCGAACGCUCGCUUGAGUUGGGGAGAGAAGCUUCGAUUCCACCGUCCCAGUGGAUUUGGGACUGCCACUGCCAUGGAGGAGCAGUUCAUCCUCCGCGUGCCCCCAUCCGUGGCGGAGCGGAUCGAGCGCCUCAUGAAUGAAUCCGCCGCUGCCUCCUCCAACCCCGACGAGGCCUCCCUCGACCUCUCAUUCUCAGAGGAUGGAAGAAAUGGUACAUUUAUGAUUGGUAAUGAGAGCUUUCCUGCAUCUCUCUUGGAUCUACCUGCUGUGGUGGAGUCGUACAAAACAUAUGAUGAUUCUGUGCUAAUUAAAACUGCUGAUGUUGGUCAGAUGAUUAUGGUAAGAGAAGAAAAUGAUCCUGCUCCAGAAGGAGUUGAAUACAAGCAUGGGCUUACUCCUCCAAUGAGGGAUGCACGCAGGCGACGUUUCCGCAGAGAACCAGACUUGAAUGCAGAGCUGGUUAACCAAGUUGAGAAGCAUCUUAUAAAUAUCAUGCAUGGUGUAUCUGUCAAUCAAAAUGCCAGUGUGAUAGGAGCUGAAGAAGGUGGUGAUCGUAAGAAACCUCCAGUAGCUCGUGCAGCCACCAAGCAGCCAGAUGUUCAAGAGCCUGCUGCGAAUGGAGAGGAAGCAGAACCUGACAGGAGCGACACUGAUGAGUCAGAGAACUGAAGUGGCCAUGAAUCGAGUGCAACUGCAGUGGUUAGUUCCACAUUUAGUUCCAGUAUCUUAUAGGGAUAUAACACUUUCUAUCUAAUAGUUUAGUUCCACAUUUCUUUAUAGGAGUAAUUCAUAACAAGAAACCCCUUCGCCUCUUUAUACAGAAACAGGGGUAUAUGUGGCAUUGAUAAAAACUAUGACGGUUGAAAAUUAAUAUCUAAGGAUUACAUUUUGUGUCCUUUGUUAAAUUAAUUAAUUUUGUGUGAUUGAGCACCA